AUGCCGAGGGGCUUCCUGGUGAAGCGAACUAAACGGACAGGCGGCUCAUACCGAAUGCGCCUAGCUGAGCGGGUCUUCCCCUUGCUGGGACCCCAGGUGGCGCCGCCCUUCUCCCUGGAGGUUCCCAAUGUCUCCCUUCCCGGUGCGGAGCAGGCGGUGCCCCCCACCCAGGAGGAGCCCGGAAAGGGGCUGACGGCGGAGGCGGCCCAGAAACUGUCCGGGUCACCCUGUCGGGCGGCUGGGGUGAUCCUGGGAAUAGGCGGGCAGGAAGGCACAGAAUGGAGGGCUGAUGACAGGGAGGGUCCCAGACCCAGCCCCAGCCCCGCAAAGCCGGCGGGCACCGAACUCCGCCGGGCGUUCUUGGAACGCUGCCUCAGCUCUCCUGUCUCCGCUGAGUCUUUCCCCGGUGGUGCCGCCGCUGUGGCUACUUUCUCCUGCUCGGUGGCUCCAGCAACCGCACCGACCUCUGGGGAACAGUUUUUGCUGCCGCUCCGGGCACCAUUCCCAGAGCCCGCGCUCCAGCCGGACCCUGCGCCCCUCUCUGCCACCUUGCAGGGCCUUAAGCGAGCCUCUGGCAGCGAGCGCCGUGUCAAGGUACCUCUAGGCUGUGCGCCUGGAGUCACGGCUGCCGGAAUCAAGAAGCCAAAGGCCAUGAGGAAGUUAAGCUUUGCCGAUGAGGUGACCACGUCCCCUGUCCUGGGCCUGAAGAUCAAGGAGGAGGAACCGGGACCACCUUCCAGGGGCUUGGGUGGCAGCCGCACACCUUUAGGAGAGUUCAUCUGCCAGUUGUGCAAGGAGCAGUACGCAGACCCCUUCGCGCUGGCUCAGCAUCGUUGCUCCCGCAUAGUGCGUGUUGAGUACCGCUGCCCCGAGUGCGAUAAGGUCUUCAGUUGCCCUGCAAACCUCGCCUCCCAUCGCCGCUGGCACAAGCCACGUCCUGCAGCAGCAAGCGCUGCCACAGUCUCCUCCGCCGACGGGAAACCACCUCCUUCAUUGUCUUCAUCUUGUCCGGACUCCGGGUCCCUUGCAUCUUUUCCGGCCGAAGGGAAAGAGAAUAGCAGGGCAGAGCGAACUGCGGAUCAGCACCCGCAGGUCAGGGACAGCUCCGGGGAGGAUCAGCACCACGACAGUGCUUCGCACCAAGGCCUCCAGGUGCUUCCGCACCGGGAGUCACCAUUGCCACAGGUCUCCUACCGAGAGGGGGUGUUGGGGCACCAGGUGUCUGGGCCGGGCAGUGCCAGUAGUGGUGGGGGAUCUGAGAUCUUCAUAUGCCCAUAUUGCUACAAAAAGUUUCGUCGCCAAGCUUAUUUACGCAAGCACCUGGGAACUCACGAGGCAGGCUCAGCUCGUGCGCUAGCUCCCAGCUUUGGCCCCGAACGCAGGGCACCACUCUCCUUCGCUUGCCCGUUGUGUGGGGCUCACUUCCCAUCCGCAGAUAUCAGAGAGAAGCACCGGCUGUGGCACGCUGUCCGCGAGGAGCUGCUCCUGCCCGCUCUGGCGGGGGCUCCUGGUGAAGCACCAGGCCCCGGAGGUGCAUCUGAUGGAAGUGCUCAGCAAAUAUUUUCAUGCAAGCACUGCCCGUCCACUUUUUUUAGCUCUCCAGGGCUGACCCGGCAUAUCAAUAAGUGCCACCCCUCAGAAAGCCGGCAAGUAUUGCUGCUGCAGAUGCCACUGAGGCCGGGCUGCUGA